AAGAAAACUAGGGUUUACUAUAUGAGCUCUCUUUCUCUCCCAUCUAUCUUCGAGCUAGCUUUGAGCAGAAACCGGCCGCACCUUGAGAUAACGAGAAAAUGCCAAAGCAAAUUCAUGAAAUCAAGGAUUUCCUUCUGACUGCUAGAAGGAAGGAUGCCAGAUCUGUGAAGAUCAAGAGAAGCAAGAAUGUUGUCAAGUUCAAAGUUCGUUGUUCCAGGUACUUGUACACCCUUUCGGUUCUUGACUCCGAUAAGGCCGACAAGUUGAAGCAAUCCCUUCCUCCAGGUUUGAACGUACAAGAUCUUUGAAGCAACCAGUCCCCCCACCCUGGUCUGUCUUAUUGAGUACGAUUAUGUCAUUUUUUCAGUGUUUUUUUGGUUUGAAACUAUUCUAGUUAAGUGAGUUCUUGGGAUAUUUUACAGUGAUUGCUUUAUUAUGGGUAUUUUGUUUAAUGUUGACCUGUAAACGUUGAGGUUGAUGAUCUGUGUUUGAUCUUAUCUUACAUUAAGUAGUUAUUGUUAUUGGC